AUGGACUCGUUACGGAAGCAGGUUGAUCGUGUGCGCGAGAAUGUUUCUGCUGCAAAGGAAGAAAUGAAAGGAUAUCAGGAGUUCAAAAGAGAAACGGCACAGAAAACAGAGCAAUAUGCCGAAGAAGAGGAGAACUUAUGCAAAAUGGAAGACGAAUUGCAGGCUGAUGAGAGGAAAUUAUCCGCGGAAAAAAUGAAGUUGCGUGAUGAGGAGAAGCGCAUUGAACAGAUUAUGGAGAGUCGUGUUCGUAUUCUUGAGAAUAUGCGCAGCAAUAUGGCUGAUGAGGCAUGGCGAUGGUAUCAAGCGAAUCGCGAUAGAUUUCGGCAUCCACUGCAUCAAGUACCGAUCGGAUCGGCAAGAUCGAAUGAAUACUAUGAUGAAAUAAAAUCUGCCUUUGCGAACACUCCGUACAAAUUGUAUCUAACGGAUAGGUACAGGGUGCAAUUUACUGUUUCGAAAUAUGGAUCUCACGAAGUCAUCGGCCAGCAGAGUGAAUUAAGAUCUCCAGCGCAGUAUUUUGUAGCGCACACGUCCGUCACCCUGAUGACAAGACCCGAUUUGAAGAGGAGCGACAACAGCUUCGAACUCGAGCUUGAGAUGCUAUCAACUAACAGGCCUAACAUAGAUCAAGCUCGUGCAGCUCUUCAAGAAACCAAAGCGUUGGCGAGCAAAGAAGUUCAUGAAACAGCCAUGAAAAUUCUGAAGAAAUUGGAGAAACUGCGUAAAAUCUGCGUGGAAGAAUCGCUUCUUCGUUUAGCUUUGAGAAGUUUGCGAGAGGCGCUGUCAAAAGUUGACGAACAGCUUCAUACCAUAGAGCAGAAAAUGCAGGAGGACGUCGCUCUCAUGGAAGGCAGGUUGACAGUAUUUCGCAGUGCAAAGGAAGAUCUGAGGCGAGCGUCGGAAAAUCUGUUCGAGUACUGUGGCUUGAAGACGUUGGAUGAAAGCAAAAUGUCGGCAGAGGAGAAGAAAAUCCCUAAGAUGCUAGCCGCGGUAAGGAGUGUUUCCUAG